CCUGUCGCGACUUCCCUCUUCAAGCGAUUGGAUAUGCCUUCCUCUCGCUCACGUGCUUCUUGUUUAGAAGUGAACAAACAUGGCUGCGUCCACGAGUGAAGUGCAGAUGGUUCCUGUCAAGAAGCCCGCUGUCCGGGGCCCACGCCGGGUAGCCAAUCAAAUUCCAGAUGACAUCCUCCAAGACCCUGAGCUACAGGAAGCAGUUAAGGUCCUUCCACCAAAUUACAAUUUUGAGAUCCACAAGACUGUUUGGAGAGUGAGACAGGCAAAAGCAAAGAGAGUUGCUCUGCAGCUUCCAGAGGGCCUGCAGAUGUUUGCCUGCACCAUCGCUGACAUAAUUGAGAGAUUCACUGAGGCGGACACCAUCAUUAUGGGGGACGUGACCUACGGGGCCUGCUGCGUGGACGACUUCACUGCUCGUGCCCUGGGAGCCGAUUUCAUGGUUCACUAUGGCCACAGUUGUCUCAUCCCCAUAGAUUCCACUGCAGGGAUUAAGAUGCUGUAUGUGUUCGUGGAUAUCCAGAUGGACAAUGCACACUUCUUGGACACAGUGAAGUUCAACUUCAAUCCAGGACAAUCUUUGGCGCUUGUCAGCACUAUUCAGUUUGUGGCAGCAUUGCAGGCUGUGAGUGCAGCCCUGAGGCCAGAGUAUGAUGUGCUUGUCCCCCAGUGUCGGCCUCUGUCACCAGGAGAAAUUUUAGGCUGCACCUCUCCUCGCUUGGAUCGCCACAUCGAUGCCAUAAUUUAUCUUGGAGAUGGAAGAUUUCACUUGGAGUCAAUAAUGAUUGCAAACCCAGACAUCCCUGCCUACAGAUAUGACCCCUACAGUAAGGUGUUCUCCAGGGAGUACUAUGAUCACAAGGCCAUGCGUGAUUUGAGGCUGCAGGCUAUUGACAAGGCUCGACUGGCCCAGAGAUGGGGUCUGAUCUUGGGCACACUAGGCCGACAGGGUAGUCCCAAAGUCCUAGAGCAUCUAGAAUCAAGGCUUCAAUCUCUGGGCAAGUCCUUCACUCGUGUGCUGCUCUCUGAGAUCUUUCCCAGCAAGCUGGACCUGAUUCCAGAUGUAGAUGCGUGGGUCCAGAUCGCCUGCCCACGCCUCUCCAUCGACUGGGGAACAGCCUUCUCCAAACCCCUGCUUUCUCCGUACGAGGCAGCUGUUGCUCUGCAGGAAAUAGGCUGGAAGGAAGUGUAUCCCAUGGACUUCUAUUCCAAUCAGAGCUUGGGGCCAUGGGGGCCAAACCACCCUGAAAAUCAACCGGCACGGCCCACACGAAGACAGACCCAGAAGCAAGGCACCGAGCCAGCCCUUCCUUCCAAGACGUGCGAGCAGAAUCAGGACGCCCUCUGUGGAUGUCAAAGGGAAUGACACUUCGUGACCACUGCUGCCUUCUAUUCAUCUCAUGCCUCCCUUUACACAGAGAAGGAGGUCAGAGAGGAGAUGUGGAGUGGAGGGAGAGUGUGGGGGUGCCUGUCCAGACUUACCAAAAACAAGCAAGUCUAAAAGCCAAAAGAGUUUUUGCCCCCAUUAGUAGGAUUAGCAGCUAGAUUUAAUCCCUAAUCACAGCCCAGCAGAUAAAACAAACUGUAAGCAAUUUUUUUUUCAUAUUUUGUUUGUUUUUUAAAAAAAGAUGCAAAUGCAUGCUCGUUCGGGUUUUAUUUCUCAUAAUGGAGUUGUCUUUGCUCUAAAUCUACAUGCGCAGGUGAAAUGCACAGAGCCUUUCUUUAUUUGCUUUUAUGACGGUGUGGAAAAAGGCUCGAGCUGACCUUGAGCAUAUUGUAUGGAAUAAAGUCUGUUAACGUGGGCGUCUUUAGUCAAACGCAGCCCAUUUGUCAGAAAGCACUGUAAUUUGUCUGACAUUUUUCCUCACAAUACGUUCCCGAGCCACUCAGACAUUUUGUGGGAGGCACUUCUGUUGAUGAACAGUGUAAAUAUCAAAGAUCCAAAGUUGUCUGUUUUUCUGCCUAGCCUAGUCCAAUUCUAAGACAAUAAAUCAGAAAUGGAACCGUGUUCAGUUUGUUUUUUGAAUGCAGAGAGCAGUGUGCCUGUUUAUGAAGCUGAGAGCUGUGAGUUCCUAGAUGUGAGCAGAGCUAGUCACGACUGCUCUCCAUCCUCAUUAUUUAUUGAUGUUGGAGCCUGUCGAUAAAUAAAUAAAAAACACUAUAUUGCUGUUUUUGCUGCAGCAAUAACUGAUUGACAGUAGCCGGCUGUGGCCCCAGAGGAAAUGAAGAACUUGUGAAACUUCCCUACAUGACCAAAUACUGUCUCAGGUGUGCAGAUCUGUGUUUUGGGGUUUAUUCGCCUACAACCACGAUCAGGCUUCUCUUGUCAUAUUCAUGAUCAUUUCUCCUUGACAACAAAAGUCAGAGUGAUGCAGUUCUGCCUGUUAUCAAUAUUUCUCAUGAUGCACGUCCAACUAGUGGCGGAUUUUUUAAAGUGCUUUGUACUCACCACCCUAGACUGCGUGAUCCUCAGUGGAAGGGUCAGGAAUAUAUUAUUGACCAGUAGAGUGCUCUCUCUCUUAGCUGAUGUUUUAUUUAUUUUUUAGCAUAUUCUGUCAGGAAAAAGGAGAGAGGGGUUUUAUGAAUCCUCUUUUCUCCCAAUCUAAAAUGUACGGCUUUUAAUCUGAAGUUGGAAGACAUUUCAAUAAAAUAUAAAUUAUUUUCCAGCUUUAA